AUGCCAUCAUAUGCCAGAUUUCUUGAAGAGAUACUGUCUAACAAAAAGAAACUUGAGGAUAAUGAAACAGUGAUGCUUACUGCGGAAUGUAGUGCUAUUAUCCAAAAAAAUAUGCUACCUAAGAUGAAAGACCCUGGUAGUUUCUUCAUACCCUGUGUGAUAGGAAAAUUCGUCAUAGACAAAGCACUAUGCGAUUUAGGAGCUAGUGUGAGUUUGAUGCCUCUUUCAAUAUGUGAAAAGUUACAACUAGGCAAACUAAGACCAACUAGAAUGUCUCUACAAUUAGCUGAUCGCUCUGUGAAGUACCCUGUAGGUAUGCUAAAAAACAUUCCCGUUAGAAUAGGUCAGUUCUUUAUUCCCACAUAUUUCAUCAUAAUGGACAUUCAAGAUGACUCUAAUAUUCCAAUCAUACUAGUAAGACCUUUCUUAGCCACUGCUGGUGCUAUCAUCGAUGUGAAACGAGGGAAACUGACUUUUGAAGUAGGAGAAGAGAAGGUUGAAUUCAUUCUUUCUAAAUUCCUUAAAGCUCCCACAAUAGUAGACACAUGCUGUUUUAUUGACAUCAUCGAUGAAUGUGAAAUCCUAAGAAUUCUUAUACCGCCUAUUUUUGAAGAUGAUAACUGGCGUGGAGAAUACCAAGACAACCACCUAAGUGAAUGCCUAGCGCUAACGCCUAAUCCUAUACCUUUCCCUAAGAAACGUGCUGUAGAACUUAAAACAUUACCAAAUGAUCUAAGGUAUGAAUUCCUAGACGAAGAACUUAAACGACCUGUCAUAGUCAAUGCUGACAUAGAACGAACCGAAACCAAAAAGUUACUCAAUGUCCUAAGAAAAUAUCCAACCGCACUAUGCUAUAACAUUUCAGAUCUGAAAGGAAUAAGUACUUCUAUCUGUAUGCAUCGCAUUUUUCUUGAAGAAGAUUGCAAAACCUCUAGAGAUCAUCAAAGACGAAUCAAUCCCACUCUAAGCGAUGUAGUUAAGACGAAAAUUCAAAAGUUGUUAGAAGCCGGAAUUAUAUAUCCUAUAUCAUGA